CGGCACUUUCUUCAACGACAAGCUUCAUAUAUACAGAUUGGAUCACGGUAGAUAAAGCUCAAGGGAGCGAAGUUGACAGGCCCGAAGAAGGCAAGUCAAGUGCGUGUGGGGAGAGAGAGGGAGAGGGUAAAUUGGUGGAGCUUCUCUAGCUGCUGUACACUGGCCCCAUAUAUCGGUAUCUAUUCUACCAUCUUCCUGUACUUGGGCAUCCUUGAUCACGAGCUGGAGGCGCCAAAACUCCAAUGCCUCCUCAGCUCCUCCUCCUCCUCCUCCUCCUCUGCUAUCAUGGCUUCCUCAUCGCAGCCGCUGGAGAGCAUUCGAGUCCCGUCCGCCUCGAGCUCGUCCGCCACCCCGCACCGAGCGGCGGCUCCCGGCUGGAACACGUGCAGGAGCUCUUCCGCAGCGACCGGCUCCGGCAGCGGAUGAUCCACGACCGGAUCCAGCGGGGCCGCCACCGGCGGAGGGCGUGCGACGUCUCGCCGCCCUCCAAGAACGGGUCGUCCGUGCCGGCACCGGCGGCGGACUCCUUCAAAAUGCCUCUCAAGUCCGGCGCGUACUCAGGCACGGGACAGUACUUCGUGCGGUUCCUCCUCGGCACGCCGGCGCAGCGGUUCCUGCUGGUAAUGGAUACGGGGAGCGACCUCACGUGGGUCAAGUGCCGGCUGCGCCCGCCUGGGUGCCGCGGCGGCGGCAACGGGACCCGCGACUUCCGCUCCGACGUGUCCUCCUCCUUCAAGCCCAUCCCGUGCUCGUCGGACAUGUGCAAGACUUCGCUACCCUUCUCGUUGACUACGUGCCCGACGCCGGCGAGCCCAUGUGCUUACGACUACGGGUACUCGGACGGAUCGACGGCCCAGGGCGUCUUCGCGAACGAGAAGGCGACCAUCAUCCUAUCCAACGGCCGGCGCGCGAAGCUGCGGGGGUUGGUGGUGGGCUGCACGUCCACCUCCGCGGGGUCCAGCUUCUCGGCCGCGGACGGCGUGCUGGGCCUCGGCUACAGCGACAUCUCCUUCGCGGGGCGCGCCACCGCUCGCUUCAAGGGCCGCUUCUCCUACUGCCUCGUGGACCACCUCAGCCCCCGUAACGCCUCCAGCUUCCUCACCUUCGGUCCCAACGCGGCCGCCCUCCCCUCGCCGCCUCCCCGCGAGACGGCGCUCGUCCUCGACCUCGAACCCUUCUACACCGUCGGCGUCGACGGCAUCUCCGUGGACGGGGAGCUGCUGGCUAUCCCGAGGAUCGUGUGGGACGUCGGCGCGGGCGGCGGAGCCAUCCUCGACUCCGGGACGAGCCUGACAGUGCUAGCGGAGCCGGCGUACCGGGCGGUGGCGUCGGCGCUGAGCCGGCGGCUGGAGGGGAUCCCCAGGGUGAGCGUGGACCCCUUCGACUACUGCUACAACUGGACAGCCGCGGGCGGACAGCGCAAGCUGCCGCGAAUGGUGGUCCACCUGGCCGGGUCGGCGGCGCUGGAGCCGCCAGCGAAGAGCUACGUGAUCGACGUGGCGGACGGGGUGAAGUGCCUGGGGAUCGCGAUGGCGCCGUGGCCGGGCGUGUCCACCAUCGGCAACAUCCUGCAGCAGGAGCACAUGUGGGAGUUCGACCUCAAGAACCGACGGCUCAGAUUCCGGCGAUCCAGGUGCCGUCGUGAAUGAUGAUGGGAUCGGACGGCCCCGAUUCUUUACCACAGCCCCGUUGAUUCGCUUUAUUUGAUUGGUGGAGGUUGCUGCUGUUCACAAAUGUGUUUGUUAUAAGAAGACAAGCUUAUCGAUGACGUGUUAAUAAUAAAGGAUUAGGUGGAUUGGGUUGGUGGCAGA